AUGUUGAACAACUCUGGGAAGGAGUGCAGGUAUAUAUUAAUUUCCAAAUGGAUCAAAUCUGACCUUGUGAAGCUGAAGAGGAUCGAUCUCAGUUACUCUGAGUAUUUGAUUCAAAUCCCAGAUCUUUCAAAUGCUAAAGAACUUGAGAGUUUGAAUCUUAAAGGGUGCACAAAUUUGGUUGAGGUCUCCUCAUCUGUUCAGAAUCUUAACAAGCUUGAAUAUCUGAAUAUGGAAGGUUGUAAAAAUCUUAGUUGUAUUCCGAGCACAUUUGCUUCCAAGCUUAUAAGAACUUUGAAUCUGGUUGGUUGCUCAAAUCUCAAGAAGUUCCCAGAGAUUGCAGGAAAUGUGGAAGAAUUAUUUUUAAAUUACACUGCUAUAGAAGUUGUUCCCUCAGCAAUUGAGUGCCUUACCAAGCUUGUCUCUUUGCGUCUCACAAGCUGCGCAAAGCUCAGAAGUUUACCAAGCCACAUUUGCAAGUUGAAAUGUCUUCGAAUGCUGAAUUUAUGUGGCUGCUCGAAACUUGAGAGUUUCCCAGAAAUUUUGGAGGCUAUGGAAGGUUUGAAAUACCUUUAUUUGGCUAACUGCAGAAAUCUUCAGAGUCUUCCGAACAGCAUUGGUAAUUUGAAAAAUCUUGCAGAGCUUGAUUUAAGAGGGACAAUGAUUAAAGAGCUACCCUCGUCCAUUGAGCAUCUAACUGGCCUUGAUCAGUUAGAACUACAGAACUGCAAAAGCCUGGUGAACCUUCCGGACAGCAUUUGUAAUUUAAAAUCCCUGAAAAAUCUUCACAUCGAUGGUUGUCCAAAACUUGACAAGUUGCCAGAGAACCUGGAUAAUUUAGAAUCUCUGGAGGAUUUAGAUAUAAGUGGAAGUGCUGUAAAACAACUGCCAUCCUCUAUCAUACAUUUAAAAAGUCUCGGAAGGUUAUUGUUUAGAGUUCAAGAUUCAGCAGGUUUAUUACAAAUUCCCACAGCAAUAGACAGACUAUCCUCAUUGAAGACACUAUUUCUAAGUGGAAACAACUUCGAAAGCAUACCUGCAAGCAUUGAACACCUUUCUCAGUUGCACUCGCUUGACGUGGCCUACUGCAGAAGGCUUCGCUCUCUGCCAGAGCUUCCUGGGAGUCUACAACAUCUAUAUGCACAUGAAUGCACAUCAUUAGAAAGUGUACUUAGCAGCAAACACUUCUCUGAGAUAGAUUAUAUGCUUGAAAGUAGCAAUUUCAAGCAUUUUGCAUUACCAAUUGCAUCAAAAUGGAUCAAAAGACUCGCAGAAGCAUUCUUGCAGGGUUCGGUUAAAAUUCAUUUGCCUGGCGGUGAAAUUCCAAUGUGGUUCUGCAACCAAAAUAUGGGAUCUUCAGUAAGUAUGCAGCUUCAUUCAAGCUACAGUCAAUUAAAGGGAAUUGCUUUAUGUGUUGUGCUCGAAUUUGAGGAAAAUUAUGUGGAUUCCGGUUUGAUUGUUAGAUGCAAAUGCCACUUCAAAACAAACCACGGUGGAAGCAGUGAUCUGAAUUUCAAUUUGAAUAACUGGCUUCAAUGGUAUUACAAACCAAUUCUCUUUAAGUCAGAUCAUUUGUUUGUAUGGGAUGAUCCUUGCUUUGAAGCUAAUAUAAUUGAUGAAGAUUGGUUUGGUAAAUACAGUGAGGCCACUUUCGAAUUCUUUCCUCUAGAUUAUAAAGAAAACCUCUUACGGAAUUGCAAGGUGAAGAAAUGUGGAGUUCGUCUGCUAAUUUGUGAGAGGAUAGCCAUCAGAACCUAUAAUUCUGAUGAGGAAGAGGAACCAUGUCCUAAGAGAUUGAAAUGUCUCCAAGAAUAG